UGAGGAUGUCUUUUCCCUGGACACCUAGAUUCCCAUGGACCUGAAAAUGCUGAGGAUAAUUAGACACAGCUCAGAUCCAUAAAGAUUUUUUGGAGAAUUAUUACUAUGUGAAUGAAUUUAACAUACAAAAAGGAAAAGGGGACUAAGAGAGUUAAUAUUUACUAACAAUGGUGUUUCACAGGGCAAGGUGGAAGGGACAAGGCUACCCACUAAGAUUCUUGGGUCUGAGCUUUAUCUUCCUGUGUUUACUGAUAGCCACAAUCAUUAGGAGUUUAGCUGGAGGAGUGUGCAGUGAGGCGUAGACAUGUAUGGUACCCAAUAACCUUGGAAGACAGAGUCCAAUUCCUUAGACUCUUCUGUUAAUUGAUAACCUGCUUCCUUGUCAGCCUGUGGCACAAAGAAAUGGAAAGGAGAUUUCUGUGAGCACAAGAGAGCCAGGGAAUUGGUAUUCAACCCUCACAAGAAGGACCAGGUGUCUGUGCGGGAGCAUAUCUAGAUAUGGAGGAUGUCAGAAUUUCACUUGGUGACCUGGAGAAGGGCUUGGAGAACACGGCUUUCGACUCCAUGGAAGAAGAGGGACUCCCUGAGGGAGCACAGAAUCCACCUCCUGAGAACAGAGAGGAGAGAGCUGAACGCCCCACCUUCUGGAGGCGUGCAGCACGGCCCGUGUCGCGGGCCAGAAGUGUGUGUAAGGCUCACAGCAAGGUGCUCUGGAAGGUUUUCCUGGGCCUCUUGUGUGCAGCUUACUUGGCCUAUUUCAUCACGGCCUGUUGGCUGGACUUCCAGCGAGCCAUUGCCUUGGUCGUUAUCACUGGUCUGGUCAUCUUCUUCGUGGGCUGGGGCUUCAUUCAGAAACACUGUGGAGCCAAGCUGAUGAAGCUUCUGAGCCCCUGUCGGAAAUGCUUUCUAAAGUCCUGGCCAUGGCUAAAAUGGGUGUUCUGGCUGGCCGUUCUGGUUGGUCUGGUCACAUGGCUGAUUCUGGACACCUCCAAAAGGCCAGAGCAACUGAUUUCAUUUGCUGGCCUCUGCGCAUUUGUUCUGUUCCUCUUUCUCUGCUCCAAACACCAUGCUGCAGUGUCCUGGAGAGCUGUCUUCUGGGGCCUUGGCUUGGAGUUUGUUCUUGGCAUCUUUAUAAUCAGAACGGAUCCUGGAUUCGAAGCAUUCCAGUGGCUUGGCAAUCAGGUCCAGACCUUCCUGAGUUACACCACUGCUGGCUCCAGCUUCAUCUUUGGAGACACACUGAUCAAGGAGGCCUUUGCCUUUCAGGCUUUACCAAUUGUCGUGUUCUUCAGCUGUGUGAUGUCCAUUCUCUACUACGUUGGCCUCAUGCAGUGGCUCAUCCUGAAGAUCUCCUGGCUGCUGCAAAUCACCAUGGGUACUACGCCCACUGAGACCCUCAGCGUGGCAGGAAACAUCUUUGUAGGACAGACAGAGGCCCCACUGCUGGUCCUCCCCUACCUGGCGGACAUGACGCUCUCAGAAGUUCAUGCAGUGAUGACCGGGGGCUUCGCCACCAUUGCCGGUAGCGUGAUGGGAGCCUACAUGUCCUUUGGGAUUGACCCUUCCUCGCUGAUCGCUGCCUCUGUGAUGGCUGCGCCCUGUGCUCUCGCCAUGGCCAAGCUGGUCUAUCCGGAAGUGGAAGAGUCCAAAUUCAAGAGCAAGGAAGGCGUGAAGCUCAGUAGAGGGGCUGAGCAGAAUAUCCUGGAAGCUGCCAGCAAUGGUGCCGCCGCCUCCGUGGGGCUGGUCGCUAACAUUGCGGCCAACCUGAUCGCCUUCCUGGCUGUGCUGAAGUUCAUCAAUGCUGCCCUGUCCUGGUUCGGGGAGCUGGUGAACAUCAAGGAGCUCUCGUUCCAGAUAAUCUGCUCCUACAUCCUGAUGCCUGUGGCCUUCCUCAUGGGGGCAGACUGGGCAGACUCACCUCUGGUGGCUGAGCUGCUAGGUAUCAAAAUCUUCCUGAACGAGUUUGUGGCAUAUGAGCAGCUGGCAACGUACAAGAAGAACCGGCUAUCGGGGCUGGAGGAGUGGAGUGGAGGUCGCAAGCAGUGGAUUUCGAUGCGAGCUGAAACCAUCACAACCUUUGCCCUCUGUGGAUUCGCCAAUCUCAGCUCCAUUGGGAUCAUGCUGGGAGGACUGACGUCCAUGGUUCCUCAGCGGAAGAGUGAGUUUGCUAGCAUCGUGCUGCGAGCACUGCUCACCGGGGCCUGCGUCUCCAUGCUCAACGCUUGUGUCUCAGGCAUCCUGUACGUGCCCCGAGGGGAAGUGGCCGACUGCUCUGCAUUCCUGAGCACGGCAACCUUUAACACCACCAGCUACGACAUCUACAUGUGCUGCCGGCAGCUGUUUGCUAACACUGUGCUCAGCAACAACGGGACCCUGUCCUUCACCGGCAGCUGGGUGGGACUCGAGCUCAGCAUGGCCUCUCUGACACAGUGCUGCGGGCACUAUAACAACACAGUCUGCGCUGGGCUGCCCUAGAGGAGAUGGGCAGCCACCCAAACCAGCACUCGCCCACGGCGCCGGCUCCCAAAGCCCAGUUACAGACUGUGUGAGAGCAGGGCAUUGGCCAAGCACUGCUGGUCCAUGGCUAACCGUCUCUGGAGCAGGAUGGGUACAGCCCCAUCAGCCUUUCCUCCUCUAUUCCCUUUGGCUGCACUGCCCAGGAGCUGGGAGAUGCUGUAUUUUGGGCUCGACUCUCUUCCUCCCUCUAGCCCCAUGAACCUCUCAGAUGACACAGGACAGAAAGCAGCCAGAAGGCCCCAGAUGGGGAUUUCCUCUGCCAGUCCCCUGGAUCUGUGCCCACCAGUGCAGAUUACAGCAACCACCCUGGGGCUGGCCCCAGAACCAAGGAACACCGGAAGGCUCCUGGGUGGCUCCCCAGGCUGGGCCCUAUUGACAAUCCAGGCCUUAUCUGACAGGUCCCUGUGGUUCCGGUAUAUGCCACGGUGGUUAAUGCCCUGCAGACCCUUCCUGCUUGUGGACUGGGUCCCUUCCUGCCCAGCUGCUGGGCUGGGGGCCUUGUCCCUCACACUCAAGGAGGCUUUGUGUAUGUUAAUACUACCUACUAAUAAAACCAUGGAGAGCCCCGGGUGCCUCACAGCUCCUUGCGGUGCUCCUGGCCCAGCCCUCCUGGUUGGACUGUGCAGCUGCCACUCAUCCAGACAGGGGGACUCCUCCCCAGGUGAGAGGCCACCCAGCCUUGCCCUGAGCAUUUAAGCCAAAUUUUCAGAAGGGCUCAGUGCUCAUCACCCACAAUUGGGGCCUGAUUUUCAAACGCGCUCAUCCCCCCAUCCCCCAAUCUCCCUGUGUGAACAGGGGAGCUGGGCUCUUUAGACAGUCUGGCUCAAGCUGUGGGGCAGGGGGCACUGAGCUCUUCUGGAAACCCCAGACUUCAUUUUGUCCUUUUGCUUGGAUCCACUGUCAACUCUUUCCCACCAUGCACCGCUCUGGUGCUCCACCUCUCCCUGCCAGCCCCCAUCAGUCCAGCCAUCACUAUUCCUGUCACACUGUGCUUAGGCCUGUACAAACGGGAAGACAGACAAGAUCUCUCCCUGCUCUGUCAGGGUGGGUACUUUUGGUUCUUAUCCCCAGCUGAGUCCCUCACCAUCUUUGUGCUACUGAUCCUCACAAGACCCGAUGAGGUAGGGCUGCUGCUGUCCCCAUUUCACAGGUGGGGAACUAAGGUAUGGCAAGACAAAGGCCCAGAUUUUCACUGGUACUUGGUGUAACUCUAUAUAGCUUUGCAAGGCCCAGGUGACUGCUGGCUGAGUCCCAUUUCAAAAGGGACUUAGGGAUAGCUCCACAAAGGGACUAGAUUCAGGGUUGCAGCGCCGAAUGCAGGGUGGAGGCGGGUCCUGUCAUCAGAAAUACUUAACUAGUCAUUGAGAUGGGGGGGCGUAGCUUCAAUCCCUGCUCCAAUAAGGAGACAUAAUGGAACAGCUUCAACAAGCAAGGUGGCCAAAGCCUCACCCUGGAGUACACCCUAACCUGGGGGACAGGGCACUGGCCUGGAACAUCAGGGACUCUGCAUCACGCAGAGUGGGGAUUUGAACUUGGGUCUCUUGUCCUGGGUGAGUGCUCUCUUCAUGGGGCUAUUUGGUAUAAGGGAGGCACCUCCACCUCCUGCUGUGCUCAGUAUGGGGCUGGUCUGUUGAUGUUCCCCAAGGCAGCCUCUAGCUCCCCCUACCAUUGGGCCCUGCAGGAGAGCUAGGCGGGGGGAUGACUUGUGUGAAAAUCCUGCUGGGGCUUAGGAGCAAGCUAGACACUGGGCAUCAAGCCAGAGGCAGCCAUAGAUAUACCCCAGGGUAGAAAAUUAAGUGCCUAGGGGACUUUACCAGUGCAAAUGUAGGCACCUAGAGAGUUAGGUGGCCACUGAGCAGUAAUUUUGAGGCUCUACAUUUUGGACUUCGGCACCUUAAGUGCCAGGCCCCCAAAUCCUGUUGUGGAUCUAUCACUUUAGGAGCCUCAGUCCUAUUGUAUGUCAAUGAGAUUCUAACCCUAGACCGGGCAUUAAGGCUGGGAAAGGUGUGUGGGGAACAUGCCUGCCUGCAGAGGGCCCUCAGGGAGAAGAGAAGGGCUGUUCCUAGCCCACUAGCUCACACUGAGCUACUGCCAGUCUGCCUGCCGGAGCUGGGAACACAUCCCCAGCUGCAGUGCAGACAGACCCGAAAUGCUCCUGCCUAUACAGCACUCUGGGAAGCAGCAGGAGUCGUGAACCACUCUGGCCACGGCGCUGCCUUCCUUGGUGUGGGCUGCACCUUUGGGAGCUGCGCAGAGCAGCAGGCGGCCUCCACUGCCACCAACUUGUUCUGGGAGCCAGAAAGAGGCCUCUGGCAGGAGAUGGGUUCCUGACCGCAGUUAGCAGCUCUCAGCAGUGUCAGCCAUGCUGUGUACCAGGUCACAUGGUCGGUGCUAGAUUUCAUCAUGGUUAUCAUGGCCUUCUACCCUGGGACCAUUCCUGGGGGCUGAGAAGGGGAGAAACUGCUUCUGUGUUGUUUGCUGCUGGUAUUGCAGUGAUGCCUGGGGGUUCCAAGCAGAGAUUAGGGCCCCAUGGGGCAGGACUCUAUAACAAUAUCAAAAAGACAGUCUCUGCCCCACAGCACUCACAGAUUUAUGGAGAGCCUCAAAGCACAGGUGGGGUAGGAAGGCCAAGGGAGCAGUGAGAGACGUUGGUUAUCUAGCAAAGGCAGAACAAGAACCAGUAGCCGGAUGCUGAAGCCAUUGGCACAAGCUACUGAGGGGGGGGGGUGGCUUCGCCAGCUCUUGAUGUCUCCGAAUCCAGCCUGGAAGCCUUUCCAGGAGAUGGGCGUUGCCCAAACCCAAGUUAUUGGCUCACUCCAGGGGUAAGUGGGGGAAAGGCUCUGGCCUGUGGUAUACAGGUGGCCAGAUUAGAUGAUGUAAUGCUCCCGUCUGGCCUGGAACUCUAGGUUUUUGCAUGUUGAGCAUUAGCCUGUUAGGCACCUUCCUCCUGGGUCACCAGUGCCAAAAUCAGACUUACCCAGGCUAGUUUGUAAUAAAAGGUCCUUCCUCCCUGGCCCCCAGACCCAGCUGCAUUGUGAGAUUGGGCCCUAUAUUGCCUCCAGAUCCAAGUGUCUGACCAUAUCUCCCUAGGGAGCGCUUAGACCCUGUGCCCUCACAGUAACACUGAGCAGCUUAGACUACAAGCUCCAAUCUGCCUCAUGCACCUGAUAAUCCUCCCAGAGCAGGUGGGGCACAAGAGCAGUAGGGAGAGUCCAUGCCUGACCAAGCCAACAGGGCUGCUGCAGACGAAUCCAGGCUGUGAGUCUGAAGGAGUGGCAACGAAAAGGUAACAGCUGAACGCCUCCAUAGGGUGCCUGGGUGGUCCCAGGGGCAGCCCUGAGAGUUAUUCAGAAAGGUUUCCGGCUUCUGACCUGUGGCCCUUCAGGGCAGGGUCUGUCCCAGCGCCCUGCCUGCACCAUCCCCAUUCAGGCAGAUCAGUGGAACUUCCAAAAGCCCCUUAUGCACCAGUGUGUCUACAGCAGGGGUUCUGGGAGCUGCAACCAGGCCCACACAUAGCUGCCCCGUGCAGCCAGGCCCAGCUGCUACUGCACUGCACGUACACACAUGCAGGUUACCCCUGCUUGAAAUGAGGAUCAGCUGCAGAGGUGCAAAUGGCAGCAUACAACAGCUUUGCACUAGGGGGUGGCAGCUACACUGGGGUAGCCCCAUGGCUGUAAUCAGAGCAAACAAGGCCCACAUCAGCCUAGGGCAAGAGGUGAAGGCUCUCAGGGCUCAGAAAGAUCAAGUUCCAGCAUGGCAAAAGGAGAACAGGAAACUCAAGGUUGCGUCUUAGGAC